GCGCAGGUAGCGUCAAGUAUUUUGCCUGACGUAGUGCGGUUUGUGCAAGGCUUGACAAACCGGCGUAAAACUAUGUUAUACUUUUAUUAGAUACUCUCUAGCCGACCUAGUACUUGCUACUGGAAAAGGCUUUGGAUUUGGGAACAACUCUAAAAAUUGAGGCUGGAGUUAUGACAGAAGUUUUUGAAGGUGGGAUGCAAUCAAUCAGGAUGAAUUACUAUCCUCCUUGCCCUCAACCGGACCUCGUCAUGGGCGUUACGCCACACUCGGACUUUGGUGGUUUGACAAUCCUCCUUCAACUUAAUGAAGUGGAAGGAUUACAGAUAAGAAACAAAGGGGAAUGGGUUACAGUCAAACCUCUACACAAUGCUUUCAUAGCCAAUAUUGGAGACGUUAUGGAGAUAUUGACUAACGGGCUCUAUCAUAGCGUCGAGCAUCGGGGAAGAAUAAACUCAACGAAGGAGAGGCUGUCAGUUGCAACAUUUCACUACCCUAAACUAGACUCAGAAAUAGGUCCAUUACCUAGCAUAGUAGCAUGAUCACCCCAGAAACACCGGCAUUGUU